UUUGAGAAAUUGGAUCCCAUUUAUCGCGAUAACCUUUCUGUUCAAUUUACUGCACACCGGGGUUGUAAAGGUGAGCGGAAGUUGUAUCCAAUGCGACAAUCGUUACUCUGGUCGACUUAGGUUUUGACUCAAACAACUGUCAGGAUAUUGACAUAUAUUUACAGUUCUGAAAUCAUGCAACUACGAUAGGCUCGCUAGCAUUAGAUAAUCCAUAUCCGAUGUUGAUUUUAACAACUGUUCACAAAUUUGAAAAAUGAAAGAAAUAAAGUACUCGUGGUAUGCAAGGAAUUGCUGUCCGAAUAUUGGUAAAAAGAGAAUUGGGAAGAUUCUUCGAACUCUCGUUAUUAUUAGCAAUAUACUAUAUUGGUUUGCGGGAUGCGCUAUUCUCAGCAUUUCAAUAUGGCUGCGAUUUGUGGACGUUGGAGCAAAACGAUAUUUUUCAACAUUUCAGCCAUUUGACACGGCUCUUUACGUAAUACUUGUGGCGUCCAUUUUAUUUCUGGUCGCAUCAUUUGUUGGAACUUGUGCCGCAAAUACAAAGAAUGAAAUGAUGAUUUCGUUGUAUAUCAUAGUAUUAUUCGUGGUUUCAGUGGCUGAAAUAAUAUCCUUGAUUGUUUAUUCUUCAAGUCAUCUUGAGAUAGAAGAAGAUUUCUCGAAAUGGUAUAAAAAUCAUUUUGAAAACUAUCAGAGUCAAGAUUUAGUUCACAAGGAAGUUGUAAACCAUGUACAGUCAAAGAUGAAAUGUUGUGGAAUGUCAGGACCUCGAGAUUUUCUAGUUGUAUUUGGAAAUGAAUCAAUUCCAAACAGUUGUGUAAUACAGAUCAAAAUAGCAGAAGACAUAUUUCGACCUGAAGUUUAUAAAACGGGUUGUAUGCAAAAAUUGAGCGAGUUAGUUGACUGGUUAUUGGAUGGUUGGUCGAUACCAUUCACUGCAACGAUUAUCCUCUUGUUACAAGUCGUUGGGAUAAUCACAAGUGGAAUGUUUCUUCAACAUAUAAUUUAUCGCAGAAAUUUCAAAUAUGAUGACGAUGACUCUGCAGGUUUAUUAAAUUCUGAACAGAACUUCUUAGAUCCGAAUCAUCCGUUGGCCAAGCAAUCUGGAAAGAUGUCCGUUGAUGAUCUACCAAGACCAAAACUUACUCGUUUGAUGAGAUCGCCCAUCGACGAAACAUUCGGCCUUGAUGUUCGAUAUGUUGACGAGAGACAAUGUUUUGUGGUAACCGAAGUAACAGAGGAUUCAAACGCUCAGUUUGCUGGAGUUACAGUUGGGAGCCAAGUAGUGGAGUUGAACGGAAUGCUGUUGCAAGGAGUUGAUCAAGACGAAGUUUAUGAAAAAAUGGAAAAUUCAUCUGAGGAAAUGUUCAUGCUGGCUAUUGACGAAGAAACAGAGAGUAUUUAUCGAGAACACAAAGUUUCAGUCAAUUUGAAAAAUGUAGAAGGAGUAACAGAUGGAAGAUGCGAAUAUAGACCGAGGUUAUGUAAAUUGACAAAGGGGCCUCAAGGAUUUGGAUUUCACUUACUUUACCUUGAAGAUAGAAAGGGAGAAUACAUUGAGGAAGUUGCUUCUGGGAGUCCAGCAUCUGAUGCAGGCUUGUGUAUCGGUGACCGAAUCGUUGAAGUUGGAGGAGUGAACAUAGAGAGAGAAAAAUCAAGCGAUGUUGUCAAACGAAUUCGUAUGAGCGGUGAUCAAAUUAGUUUAUUAGUUGUGGACCCAAAAACCGAUGGAUUCUACAGGAAGAAAGGUGUGACAUUAACCGCCUCUCUAACUGUCAACUAUUACGCUGGAAGAACAAUGUCGCCUCUGCCUCAACCUCGUGCAGAAAAACGUAAAAAUCCUCGAGAUGUGAAACCAAGAUAUUGUCGACUCCUCAAAUCAGAAGAUGAAGAUUUUGGACUUUACGUUGUUAUUGACAACAACAGAAUAGGACAGGUUAUUCGAUGGGUAGAUUGUGGAGGACCAGCAGACAGAGCUGGACUUCGUAUUGGUGAUCGUAUCAUAGAAGUGAACGGACAUUCAGUAGAAUACGAAUCUCAUCAACGUUUGAUAAGUUGCAUUUCUCUCAACAAAACUUUAUCACAAUUUAUUGUAGUCGACGAAGAAUACGAUCGUGCGUACAGAAGAAAUAAACCAAGACUCUGUCGUAUAUUCAAAGAAUCUGACUCUUUCGGAUUUUGUGUCUGUCAUGAGCAGAAUAAAGAUGGUCACUACAUCGAGGAAGUUGACGAAGGGGGGCCUGCAGAAAGAGCUGGACUCAAGGUCAACGAUAGAAUCAUUCAAAUCAACAGUUUGAACGUGGAGAAAGAUUCUCAUGAGAAUGUUUUGAAUAAAUUACGAUCAUGUGAAUCUGACGUUGUUUUAUUAGUCAUAGACUCACGAUCAAACAAGCACUACAAGAAGAUUGUGCAAUUCAAGUCACAGGGAAUGAAAGAUGUCGACUACGACAUGAUAGCAAUUCCAGAAGAACCGCUUUUCCUACGAGAUGAAGUUGACGACGAUGAUGAAUCAUUUGCAUCAGAUCGAAUAUCAAUCGCAUUGCUUGAUGAUCACAGUUCAAUGAAAGGUUCACUCAGUAGAAGCAGUGUGUCAGCUAGCAUGCUUGGUGAACUUAACGCUGGAGUUGUCAGUCGACAUGGUAUCAGAGAAUGCAUAGUUCGAAUGACCAAACAAGAAAAGAAGGGGUUUUCUACGUUGUUAGAUCGAGACAGGAAUGGUAUCGUUAUUCGGGACAUCAUAAAAGGAGGUCCAGGCGAUCGAGCAGGUAUGAAAGAAGGAGAUCGUAUUAUCACUGUCAAUAGUCAGAAAACAAGCACAUUAACUCAUGAGCAGGUAGUGGAGAGAAUGCUCCAAAGUGGACGAAAAAUUAUAUUGACAGUUGUCGAUGAAAAGUCGGAAGACGUCACAACAAAACAUCGUCCUUAUAUAUUCCGUAUGUUAAAAGAUGAAGGUGGAUAUGGAUUUUAUCUGUGGCAUGAUGACAAUGGACAUUACGUUGAAGAAGUUACAAUUGGAAGUCCGGCAGAUAAAUCCGGUAUGCGAUCGGGAGAUAGAAUUAUUGAAGUAAAUGGCGUUAACGUAGAGGAGGAGACACAUGAAGAAGUAUUUUAUAGAGUGAAAGCGAGUAUGAAUGUUGUGACACUUCUUGCCGUCGAUGAGAAGACGUUUAAAUUGUACAAGAAGAACAAGAUUCCAGUCAGUGUGUUGAAAGCCGAAAGCAACUUCUCAACAGAUACUACUGCAACCAAGAUGGCACCCAAAGCAACGAACACGAAAAACACAGAAACAGUUAGGAGAGAAAUUGAAUUGUACAGAGACGAAGGAGAAGACUUUGGAUUCAAUCUUGCAUUUUCCAAUUCCUUUAUCGGUGAUUCGAACUCUGGAUCUCACAUUGUUCAUUGGGUCGAAGAUGGAGGACCUGCGUUUCUGGCCGGGCUGCGAGAUGGCGACAGAAUCGUUGAGAUUGAAGGGAUCGACGUUACAAGUGAAGACCACGAUCAACUGAUCACAAGAAUCUAUCAAGUCGGGAAACAACUGAUCACAAUAACUAUUGAAUUUGAAGAAGAACAAAAUAGCUUUGUUCCUCACGACAUAAAAAUUAGAAAAGUCGACAAUAGUUAUGGAUUUCAUUUAUGGUUUGAUCAAAACGGCCACUACAUAGAAGAUGUUACAAUAGGAUCUGCAGCUGACAUUGCAGGAAUGAAAACAGGAGAUCGUGUCUUGAAGGUAAACGGACAAGGUAUUGAAGAGGAUACACAUGCAGAUGUUGUUAACCUGGUUCGAAUGAGCGGAGAAGAAGUUAUUCUUAAUGUUUACAGCGUCCAAGAUAACGAUGUGUGCGAUUCUGCUACUCCAACUGUUGUAACGAUAACAAAAGAAAGAGGGACAUUUGGCUUUACAUUAUCAGAAGAUGGCCAGGGUUUUCAUUUCGACUAUGUUUCAGAAGAUUCGGCAGCCGAUCUUUUUGGAAUAAGAAUUGGUGAUCGUCUAUUAGAAGUUAAUGGGAGACAUGUUGCAGACCUGAAGUUGGAUGGAGUCGUUAGUUUGAUUCGAUCGUCAGGUAGGACGGUCACCCUUUCUGUGAUGUCUUCAUCUAGAACGCAGGCAAAUGCACAAGAAAGCUUAAAAUCGGAUACAAUUUUAAAUCAAAUAUUUAACGAGUUGAGUGGAAAGGAUAAGAUUGAUUAUGUGGUAGAAAGACGAGGAUUUCAGCUGUACGGCAGGAAGAACGAAGCAACAGAAGACAAAGACAACAAUGGAUCGGCGGCAGAUGGAUUCGAUAAUCCCGUUUUUACACAAGAAAAUGAAGAAAGAAAUCAUUGCUCUGUUCCUAAAGAUUUAAUGACAAAAGACGUUAAGGGUCGAUUUUUGGAUGAGAAUUUACUACCACACGCAAUUUCUCAAGCGACUAUGAAACGAAGAAAACCGGGCAGAAAUAUAUACGCUCCACAGAGAAAAUUUUCCGAGAAAAAAUCGGGUAUAGAUCGCCGGAAAAGAAAUUUACAAGAUAUUGAACAGAAACUGGGUCAUACAUUGAAAAGGAACAGAUCGAAAAACGAAGAAGAGCGAGUUACGUACUUCAAGGAUCUGCAGCCCAGCCGGACUCCAAAGGAAAAACGUUUUCGACUUGUAACAUCGAAGUCUUCGUUUCGCGAGAAAUGGAAUUUUGAACAAGGAGAUUCGAGACAACCAACGAAACUGGAAAACGAGUUUCCAGACGACACGAUUCUUGAAUUACCCGAAGAACGAGAAUUGGAUUCCGAAAGCGUUCAUUCUAUGGAGAAUCCAAUUGAGUGUAUCGAUGAAGUGAGCUCAUAUUCAGACAGAGAAAGUCUAGAAUCAACAAAUAGUUUGGAUAUUCCCGAGCAUGAGCCAAUGGAUGAAGAAUGCCUGCCCGAGGAGAAAUCUAUUUCUAGUAAUGCGUCCUCAAAAAAUGGAAGCGCGUGUUAUGACGAAACAGUCGCGAGAAUGGAAGACGACAUUACGAAUAUAGAGUCGCAAAAUGCAACGCAUCCACAAAUAGAGGAAACCGUGACAGACGACGUCGAAGAGUUACAAAAUAAAGAUUCUAACUCAAAUAACAGUGGUUUGAAUAUUGUAAACGAAGGUAAUAGUGAAAACCAAAUGUCUACAAUCGGUGAGCCAGAUAAUAUUUCACAAAGUUCUAAAUUGGAAGAAUUAAAUAAUAAAGAGAACCAAUCCGCGCUAACGGAUUGUGAUAGGGAAGUCACUUUUGAAUCUAAUCAUGCAGAAAAUAGCGCGGUUGUUUCAGAAAAUGAAAAUUCACAAAACAAUGAAAAUUCAGAAAACAAAAAGAUCAAUACAGAGAUAAUGGUUUAAAGUUUACACCAUCAGGUUUUCUCAACUAGAAUCUUGUCCAUCUAUGCGAAAGUCUUAUAGUUGCAUUGCACAGUACCCCGCAAUAUCAAUAUUCCUAGAUUUUAGUGAGUUGAUAUUUCCUACUUCGUUUAUUUAUGUCUACACGUUUUUGCAAAAAAAAUAUAAAAAUAUUGCAUUAUCUGUUUCAAAUUCUCAAUGGGAGAGUGAGAAUACAGUGCGACAAAGUAGAAAUUUUACAAAAUAAAGCGAAAUGAAAAAAUGCCAAAGUGGGGUAGAGUAGUUAAAAGCUUCAACUGCGAUUCAACAAUUUUUUUCGCGACUCUCUCGCAUAUGUGUGAUUCAUAAAAGAGAACAUUUACUGGUUACAAAACAAACAAAUGGGUUUAUACAUUCAACAACACUGAUGAAUAUGCAGAAAAAAUAAUUCGCCAUUCUAUUUGAUUCAACAUAAAUUACAAAAUAAGCAAAAGGAAUGAUUAAACUCCCGAAAUUAAGGUAUAUGCAAUUUUUACGAGAAAUCUCUUAAUAAACCAACGAGCGGACGAGCUUCUUUUAAAAAUUCUAUGAGUUUUUAUUUGAUUGCUAUGUGAUACCACAUUGAAGUUCAGCCAUAAAUGAUAUUGAUAUAAGAUUUCUUUUUGUUAUACAACGUAAAUUUGCAUGCUCUGCCAUAAUAAACCAUCAGAAAGCAAAAUGUCGAGUUGCGUCAGCUUUAAUUGUUACUAUUUUCAUUGAUUAUUAUCGUACACAUGCAUAUUACCUCAUCCAAUAAACAAACAAUGCAACAAUUCA